AUGUCUGAAGGGGGAGUCAAGCGGCCUGCUUCCCCCACUCGGGCAAUUUCCCCACCUCCACUUCGGCGGAAGGUUGCAACUGUCACCAAGAAGACAGUUGCGAAUUUCUUUACACCCGCGUCGCAGAAGAAGCCCGAGCCUAUUACUUGGCGGAUCUUAGGGACGAGUUUGAUCGUUGGUAAAUAUGUGCCGGAGAAGAGUGCGCCUCACGCGGUCUCGGAGCAAGCGCGGAGGAUAGCCUCUUUUGACUUGGAUUCAACUCUGAUCAAGACAAUCUCGGGCAACACGUUCCCUAAAUCGCCAAAGGACUGGCAAUGGUGGAAUCCUGCGGUUCCUGGGAAACUUCGAGAGCUUAACUCAGAGGGCUACCAAGUGGUGAUCUUCUCGAAUCAGAAGAUGAUCAAGAUCCAAAAAGACAUCAAGCAUGGAAACAGUGAAUCAAAAAGCUUGUCCAAUUUUAAAGAAAAGAUGACUGCCGUUAUGACUCAAUUGGACAUUCCCAUGAGUGUUUAUGCCGCCACGACCGAUCCUGAGUAUAGGAAGCCCCGCUUGGGCAUGUGGCGCGAAUUCCAAGACGACUAUGAUCUUGACGUCUCGGGAAUUGAUCUCAAGGGAUCCUUCUUUGUCGGUGAUGCUGCGGGGCGUCCGGGGGAUCAUUCGAAUGUCGAUCGUGGGUUUGGGACCAAUGCUGGCAUGGGUUUCAAAACUCCGGAAGAGUUCUUCCUUGCCCAUCCGCCAAUGGAAGUCUCCGAUAUUUUUGACCCAGCUUCAUAUAUCAAGUCAGAGCCGAGAUCGCUCCCUGCAUCUUCAUUUGCCCGCAAACACCCGCUUGAGCUCGUCAUCUUCUGUGGUAGCCCAGGCUCGGGAAAGUCCACUUACUUUUGGAAAAUCCUGGAACCCCUGGGCUAUGAACGGGUCAAUCAAGACAACUUGGGCUCGCGACCGAAAUGCUUGAAGGUAGCUCGAGAAUUCCUCGAAGCUAAGAAAUCUGUCGUGGUUGACAACACAAAUGCAAAUGAGGAGACCAGAGCAUACUGGACUGCUUUAGCGAAAGAGUUCAAUGUUCCCAUCCGGUGUAUCCAUUUCCUGUCACCACCGGGGCUGUGCAAACACAACAACGCCGUGCGAUCGUCGAACAAGGAGCUAAACCCUGAAGCGAGACAGUCCCUCCCCGGCAUCGCAUUCGCAGAUUAUGCACGCAGAUACAGGGCACCUACUCUUGAAGAGGGGUUCGAGGAUAUUAUUCCCGUGAAGUUCCAGUUCAAGGGGACGGAAGAGGAAAAGAAGUUGUGGGGCCAGUAUUGGGUUUAG